GAUAAUGGAUGAAAAUGCUAAGCUCACUUCUAUUUGCUUAUCAAAUGAUUGCAAAUAUGCCUUGGUGAAUCUAUCCACAAGGGAGAUUCAUCUAUGGGACAUUGAAGAGAGACGAAUUGUUCGUAAAUACUAUGGCCAGAAACAGGAAAGGUUUGUUAUUCGGUCGUGUUUUGGUGGUAUUGAUCAAGGGUUCAUCGUCAGUGGUAGUGAAGACUCUAAUAUUUACGUGUGGCAUCGAGAGCAUGCCACAAUGAUCGAGAUCUUGUCGGGUCAUAAAGGUGCUGUUAAUAGCGUUAAUUGGAGUCCGGUUAAUCCAUACAUGUUUGCAUCUGCUGGAGACGAUCACACAAUCCGACUAUGGGGUACACCCAAUGCUACGGAUCAUAAAGGCAAAAUGAAAACAUCGUGA